ACGCAAGUCGAAUGCAGCCAAAGUCAAAUUCCCAGAGGACUUCAGUUACUGUCCGCUUAUUACAUUUUACACGACAGUUCGCAAUUUACUGUUUUGCCCUCGCGUUCAAUUACAUUUAUAUUUUAUAGUCUCUCUCUCAUCACUGACCUGGCUCAAACCUCCCCCUCAAGAUUGGUUACUGGUGGCUUGUUCUAAUCUUAUAAGAGUCUGUUCUUUAUUUUUAUUUUUUAUUUUAAUUUUUAAUUCAUUUCUCUACUUCAUCAAAUCAUCCUAGUUUUCUUUCAUCUCCCAAUUCGAUUUUAUUUUAUUUUUGGAUCCAAUGCCGGGUCUCAAAUCUCCACCAGAUGCUCCUCCGCUACGGAUUACAGUUUCGGAGCCACCGUCUCAUAAUCCAGUUCGUACCCCAAACAAAAAGAUUCCAUCGCCUUCUCCUUCUCGAUCCAAGGCUUCCCCAGCUCGCUCCGCAAAGAAGCCUCCCCCUGACUCACCCAACCCGGAUGAUUCCUCACUCGAUAACCCGGAUCUCGGCCCUUUUUUGCUCAAGUUGGCCCGAGACACCAUUGCUUCUGGAGAGGGUCCUACUAAAGCUUUGGACUAUGCGAUUCGAGCAGCGAAGUCUUUCGAGAGAUGCGCCGUGGAAGGCGAGCCCAGUUUGGAUCUGGCGAUGAGCUUGCACGUGCUGGCGGCUAUUUAUUGCAGCUUGGGGAGGUUCGAUGAGGCGGUUCCGGUGCUGGAGCAGGCGAUUCAAGUACCGGAUGUGGAACGGGGCCCGGAUCACGCGUUGGCUUCCUUUUCGGGGCAUAUGCAGCUGGGGGAUACGUACUCAAUGCUGGGUCAAGCGGAGAAGUCAAUUGGGUGCUAUGAACAAGGGCUAAAGAUUCAGAUCCAGGCUCUGGGAGAGACCGACGCCAGAGUUGGCGAGACUUGCAGGUACUUGGCUGAGGCCCAUGUUCAAGCAAUGCAGUUUGAUAAAGCUGAAGAAUUGUGCAAGAAAACUCUUGAGAUACAUCAUGCACACAGUGAACCAGCAUCGCUGGAAGAGGCAGCCGACCGCAGGUUGAUGGCACUCGUAUGUGAGGCAAAGGGAGAUUACGAGGCGGCUCUUGAGCACCUUGUCCUAGCCAGCAUGGCAAUGAUUGCCAAUGGGCAGGAGAAUGAAGUAGCUUCAAUUGAUGUCAGCAUUGGCAAUAUUUACAUGUCUCUAUGUCGCUUUGAUGAGGCCAUCUUCUCCUACCAGAAGGCACUAACAGUGUUCAAAUCAUCAAAGGGUGACAACCACCCUUCAGUUGCCUCCGUCUUUGUACGACUUGCGGAUCUAUACCACAGAACAGGAAAGCUCCGAGAAUCAAAGUCCUAUUGUGAAAAUGCCCUGAGGAUCUUUGCAAAACCCGUGCCUGGAACCACAGCAGAAGAGAUAGCUGGUGGGUUAACCGAAAUUUCAGCCAUAUAUGAAUCUGUUGAUGAGCCUGAGGAGGCUUUGAAGCUCUUGCAGAAAGCAAUGAAGUUGUUGGAAGACAAACCCGGUCAGCAAAGCACAAUUGCAGGAAUUGAAGCUCGAAUAGGGGUGAUGUUUUACAUUCUUGGGAGGUAUGAUGAGUCAAGGAACUCUUUUGAGAGUGCAGUAACAAAGCUUAGAGCAAGUGGGGAGAGGAAGUCAGCCUUCUUUGGGGUUGUCUUGAACCAGAUGGGCUUGGCUUGUGUCCAAUUAUUCAAGAUUGACGAGGCUGCCGAGUUGUUUGAAGAAGCACGAGCAAUACUCGAACAAGAAUGCGGCCCAUGUCAUCAAGAUACCCUGGGAGUAUACAGCAAUCUUGCAGCAACUUAUGAUGCUAUGGGAAGGGUCGAAGAUGCAAUCGAGAUAUUGGAGUAUGUACUAAAAUUACGAGAAGAAAAACUUGGAAUAGCAAAUCCUGAUUUUGAAGACGAAAAGAAUAGGCUGGCUGAGCUCCUGAAAGAAGCGGGCAGGCCACGCAACAGAAAAGCAAAAUCACUGGAAAAUCUCAUCGAUCCGAACUCAAAGAGGACGGCGAAGAAAGAGGGGACGAAAAAAUGGGGUUUCAGAAUUUGAAAGGAGGCAUUUCCCAGGUCGUAUCUAAUCUGUUUUUCCAACUUAUGUCCACAUUCUGUAUCAUGGAAGAUCAUGUAUAGUGUUACAAGUUGUAAUUUCUUGAGCUUUCUGUUUUUGGAGCUUUAAGAUUUCAUAUUUUUUUUCCCUUAACCUUUUUACUACUGUUAUUUGUGUUAUUGAAUGUCUGUGAUGUGCUCUUGAAAUUUGGAAAAGAAGAAUGUUCGUUUGAGUGAAUAAAUCUUUGGGUGAAUAAAUUUGAUUAUAUCUUUCUAUA